AUGGCUGAGUCUCCGCUCGGAAGCCCUCGAGGAAGAUGCCCUCCUCCGGGAACAGAGACCCUCGACGUCUCGCUUCCCUGGGACCCAAGGCAGCCCCAGGAGGCGCAGGAGGAAAGCGCGCUCGGCCCUACACAGAAGGGAGCUCCGCCUUCUCAGGCUCGGGCGGAGCUGCGCACGCAACGCGAGGCGGCGCACAGUGAUGACGCCACGCCGGCGCUCGCUCGGGGGAAGCCCCACCCCCCACCCCAGCGCCCUGGAGACCGUCUUUCUGCAGCCCAGCGGAAGUUUGCUCAUUCGCUCAGAGACUUUAAGUUCGAGUUUAUUGGGGACGCCGAGACUGAUGAUGAGCGAUGCAUAGAUGCUUCCUUACGGGAAUUUUCCAACUUUUUGAAGAAUCUUGAAGAACAGAGAGAGAUCAUGGCAUUGAGUGUUACUGAGACCCUGAUUAAACCCUUGGAAAAAUUCAGAAAGGAACAACUCGGAGCUGUAAAGGAAGAAAAGAAGAAGUUUGACAAAGAGACAGAAAGUUACAGUCUAAUUGAUAAACACUUGACUCUCUCUGCCAAGAAGAAAGAUUCACAUUUGCAAGAGGCAGAUCUCCAAGUGGAGCAGACACGCCAGCACUUCUACGAACUCUCUCUUGAGUAUGUGUGCAAGCUGCAGGAAAUCCAGGAAAGAAAGAAGUUUGAGUUUGUGGAACCGAUGCUGUCCUUUUUUCAGGGAAUGUUUACUUUCUACCAUCAGGGGCAUGAACUUUCCAAAGACUUCAAUCACUACAAAAUGGAACUACAGAUCAACAUCCAGAAUACACGGAAUCGAUUUGAGGGAACCAGGUCAGAAGUGGAAGAACUUAUGAAUAAAAUCAGACAAAACUCCAAGGACCACAAGCGAGCAAGCCAGUUCACAGCAGAAGGCUACCUGUAUGUCCAGGAGAAAAGGCCGGCUCCGUUUGGGUCCAGCUGGGUCAAACACUAUUGCAUGUAUCGGAAAACAGCCAAGAAAUUCAACAUGAUCCCGUUUGAGCACAGGUCUGGGGGGAAACUGGGGGAUGGAGAGGUGUUCUUUUUGAAAGAAUGCACCAGAAAGUAUACCGACUCCAUUGACAGAAGAUUUUGCUUUGAUAUUGAAGCUGCUGACAGACCUGGCGUCCCCUUGACUGUGCAGGCGUUUUCAGAAGAGGAGAGGAAGCAGUGGCUGGAAGCUCUGGGUGGAACAGAAGCUAACCAGGCCAUUAACAGACAGCAGCAAGAAUGUGGAAAGACAGCUCAGUGA